UGCGCAGUGUCCCUCGGACACAGCAGAUCACCGAUCCACGGAAAGAGCCAAAGAUGUCGGCUCAGUCAUGUGAUCAGCUGUGUCCAAUCACAGCUGAUCACAGAUCAUCAGAGCACUGAUGAUCAGUGUGCCCUGAUGAUCUGUGUAGCCCCAGCAGCGCCACCUGUCAGUGUCCAUCAGUGCCAUGUGUCAGUGCUCAUCCAUUCCACCUGCCAGUGCCCAUCAGUGCCUCAUCAGUGCCACAUUUCAGUGCCCAUCAGUGCCACAUUAAUGCUACAUAUCAGUGCCCAUCUGAGCUGCCUUUCAGGGUCACCCAUCAGUGCCAGUCAGUGCCACCUAUCAGUGCCACCUAUCAGUGCUGCCAAUCAGUAC